CGUGGUUCUACACGGGGCACCGCACACAUUUUCAGUCGAUGGUCGCGUAUAGGUUAAGUUUAAAGCGUGUGUGUAUGAACUUUCUGUGUAUGUGAAUUUGUGUAUUGAAUUGUGUAUACGGACUUGAGAAGAAUUUCAAUAUGAAAACUUUGGUGGAUUGUUUUUUGGAUAUUCGUUUGGGUUUGUGAUUGAAAUUAUUAUUAUGGACUUUGCCUGAUGAAAAAAGACGCAAUUAAAAUGUUCGAGAAUCUUCUCGAACGCAUCACGAGUCCGAAUUCGCGCAGACGCAACACUUAUCAUUGUCCGGAAGGACAUCAUUCCGAUCCAGAAGACACACCAACGACGCCUUCUAGAAAACCGAGGUUGUUGGAAAGAAGGAAAAAGGGACGAAGGCUGGACAAUGGUUUGAGGCAGGCGAGAAGUCUGGGAAGACUUGAUGGAUUGAAAGAGGCUGAACGUCUAGCAGAUUAUGGUAGACUACUGGGUGGGUCUCAGCCAGCUUUAGACGGACGUCAAAGAGAUUUGGACAGAAUCCAGGACUUAUUUCCUCACGACUAUCUCUGGCUGCACAUAUCCGAACCGAAUUCCACUUAUACAAUGAAAAACAAAUCCUUCAGGAAAAAAUCCUUGGGCGAUUUGACAACGAUGGAUAGCAUCAACAAUCGUUCUAGAAUAUUCCUAAUGGAAGCUCCUUGUGCAAUGUCUCCAGCUGCCACUCCAAUGACCGCAAAGCCCAGACACUUAUUCCUAUUCUCGGACUUGUUCCUGCUGGCCAAACCACGAUCCGGAGGCAACUUCAAACUAAAAGAAAGCGUGCGAGUGUCGGAAAUGUGGAUAGCAAGAUGCGCCGAAUCGGAAACAGGUUUUUUGAUUGGCUGGCCGUCGCCGGCCAGAACGUACCUGGUCAGUUUUUGUACGCAGGCUGCGCGAGAUUCGUGGUGGAAAGAGCUGCGCAGAGCGCUGGCUGCACAGCUCAGAUUAGAACCACCAGUUACCAACAUUAAAGUAAUCUACAGAGACCAAGUUAGCGGUACAGAGUGUUCGAAAACUUUAGGUGUCGGCCCUGAGACUACCUCAGCCGAAGUGGCCAGGUUGGCUCUAGACGAAUCAAGAACGUGUGAGAUGUCUUAUACGUUAUAUUCCAGAGAUAGAGAUAACGGUCCGUGUCCUUUGAUUGGUUGCGAGAGGCCGCACUCGAUUCAGUUGGCUAGAUUGAGGCAAUCGCUAUGCACUGAAGAAGGGUUUGAUUUGACUCAUUGCAAUAAGAGCCGAAUACCGUGCGAUGUGGUGUUUGAGUUAAGGCCGACAAUUACCAAACCGAGCCCCAGAAAAACUCCAUUGAAAUUAUUUAGAAAAUCAAGUGCGGGGAGAAUAUUUGGUAUUUCUCUUGCGCGGCUUUGUCCCAACAACACUCUACCUCCAGUUAUUUUGACUUGUUUACGAAACUUGUUUCAAAAAGGACCUCAAACGCAAGGUAUAUUCAGACGAUGUGCUUCCGCAAGAGCAUUGCGUGAACUCAAGGAAAAAGUCGAUGCACAAGGAGCCGCAGUUUGCGACGAAAUCUCAAACACGCCUGCUCUACUACUUGGAGCGCUUUUGAAGGAUUUUCUAAGGAGCCUUCCGGAGCCUCUUUUAAGCGGCAACGUUCAAGAGUGGUUGACUGCGUCUACAAGCGGACGCUUGGAUCUUCUGAGGAAAUUGCUCAGCAAUCUACCAAGGGAGAAUCAUAUGCUGCUCAGAUAUGUUACGUGUGUUUUAUAUAAUAUCGCCAAGAAGUCUAGAUUUAAUUUGAUGUCUGCAGCAAAUUUAGGUGUUUGUGUAGGGCCGAGCAUGCUGUGGGAAUCGACACAAAAUGCACCUCUGAGAACGUUACCAACUCUGAUAGAGACCCUAAUCAACAAUUGCCAGGCACUUUUUGGUUCUCAAGUGGUCUCUUUGCUAGGCGAAGCUGCCAACGACAGUGGUGCUGAAGAAUCUGACAGCUUACAUUCUUUGGGUCUUUCGUUGGACUCAGUGGAAUUGAGCAAAGAUCAGAAAUCGUUGAGCCGCGACUCUGGCCUGACAUUGUCCGAAGACGAUCGCGAAAGUCCAGGUUUGAACUAUCACACUGCCACGUUUCAUCGGUCCGAUUGGGCCCGGCAAGCUGCUAGAAUGAGAUCGAUGGAUAUCACUUCUUCUUGGAUUGAAGAGGACGAAGCUUUUUGUGCUUCAAAUGAGAGUUUGUGUUCGCCGCCCAUCCCGCCCAGACGGCCGCCGCCUUUGAGACAUUUGCCGCCCGUUCACAUACCGCCCGUGUACAGACCGCCGCCGCCUCCGCCGCCGACAUACGCAACAGCCAGACUAUUGUUGGUUACAGACGCAGAAAGCGAAAGUUACGUUUAAGUUUUUUUGAGGAAAUUUACAAAGUAUUUCUUGAUCAAAAUUAAGUAUUUGUAGGCGCUCAAGUGCAAACAUCAAAAUUCAACAUACAGAUUGGACCAACCUACUACUAGACACAUAAGUCAACUAGUCUAUGUAUCCAGUAGCCUGGUCCUGUUUGUAGAUAUUAUUUAUGAAAAAAAAAAAGUAAUUUGAGAUGUUUAAAGACUGACAUAAUUUUUGAUUCUUUAUUGCACUUGGGACAUAAAAAUAUUGUUUACCUAAUAUUUAGGUAAUUAGUAGGUAUAUUGUUGGCCAUAUUUGAUUUUUUAUAUCAACGAUUUAGAUAUUAAAUUAGUUUUCAGAGAUGGUGCUUUGUUUGUGUGUAAAAUUUAUUGUAAAUAAGAUUUAUUUAAGUGCCAAAUUAAAUUCGAAUCCAUGUUGUACUUAAAUCCUGUAUUAUAGAUUUGUUUAUUUUUGUAUAAAAACUUUUUUUUAAGAUAAUUAAUUAUUAUUCUUUAGAGUUUUGCCAUGUUUUCGUUAUAAAAUGUUUAGUUUUUUUCUAUAAUUAUAAUUGUAUUACAUUUAAAAGGUUUACAAAAUAAAUAUAACGAUAUAUAGAAUAAUAAUUGAUAUUUUAUUAAAUUCUAAAUCUAUUAUUGCUUAAUAUGAAAUAACUACAGUCUAUAUAAAUAUGUUAGAUAAAAAAUCACGCAAGCUAAAAAAUAUAAUACUGGAAGUACCUAUUGAUCACUAAAAGAGAUUCAAGUAUAAAAAAAUUAAGUAAAAACAUUGGCCAAUAAAACUAUCACACAGAGAGGGCUGAUAUUAUGGAUUGUAAAUUCACAAAAAUAUGGCAAGAAGUACAUAUACCAAAUGAAAAAUCCUUUACUCAAUAUUGGCUUUAGCCACAAAUGAAGUCAAAGAAGAAAUUUCAUUGGGAGUAGUACUGGGUUCACUAGACAAUCUACUGAAUUCCACCUCCUCGCCCUCAGAACAAGUUGGCUCAGAAGGCCAUUGUUUGUGACUAGGAGCGUAAAGCAUCAGCAAAGCGCAAAUGUAAACGUUCCACAUUCCAUAAACUCCUGUAUGAAUAAUGGAUGUCAACUCAAUAUCCAUCGAAUCAUCCAAAUUAUGCUCUCCUUGUGUAUAUUGGUUCAAAAUAAAUGAAACAAUUGUAAUCCCAGCACAAACUACUGUAGCUCCCAUAAGAAAAGUGAAACGAUACAUGGUGCCUUCAUAGUGCAAACGUCUUGCCUGAGUCAUGCUUGGAAGCACCGAUCGUUUAAUACUAAUAUUUUUGAAUACCCUCCAAAUCAUGUAGCAAAGAAAAAGGAAGUAAAUACCAGCACAUAGUCCUGCACAAAUUACAAAAGUAAGGGCCAAAUUGGUGCCCAAAGGUGUUACCCAAAUCGACGAAAACGGAUUGACCAAGUGCAUGCCACGCUCGCAUAAAUCAAAAAUUAGUAAAGACACACAUCCAACUGCAAUUGAACUUAAAUGUUUCCAAUAUUUUCUCAGACUGUUUCUUUCUCCGGUUUCUUGAAUGAGCAUGUGUUCACCAGUAAAAACUAGCCAAAAAGAUAAAAGCGUGGCAUAGAAAAUUCCUUGCCUAAUAUCACUAAGCAAAAGCAUGUAAGGCAUGUCAAAAUGUAAAGUUAAAUAUUCUAUUGGCAAAUCUAAAAAUGCUAAAGUGCCACCUAACACAAUCAACAUAUACUCUAACAAAGCAGGUGUCCGUGACAAUAAAUGCACCCUAUUCCAAAACCAAAUCAUAAUUGUAACAAUUAUAGGGAAAAAAAUCGAUUUCAGACUGAUCCAAACUUUGGUGAAACCGCCGUUCAUGUGAAUCAUGUGCAAAAAUAUUUCUUCCACUUUGAGCAAAUGAGUGUUGAGCUCUUUUUGAGAAUCGUAUGGCAAUCUGAGAUUUAACAAGUAAUAAUCAUGGUAGAGGGAACCUAGUUCAAAUAGAGGAACCAUGGAGCAAUCGUAGGGGUAGCCUUCUUUGUUUUCAAUUGCUGUAUCAUUGAAUAUGCAGUCCAUGU